CUGUGGUCAGGUCACACACGAUGGCACACAAUACGUUUGCUGUGGUUUGCAGUCUGAUAGUCUUCGUUAUGCGAUGAUAUCAAGUCAUUCAACGCAGGGAGAACUGUGGAUGGAAGACUCAAACUUCACCAACCUGUCGAUCACAGGGGACGUCCCAACUAUUUUCAAUGUAACACUCACCGUGUGCUUACGUCGUUGUCUCGCGUACAGCACGUGCAGCACGAUUUUCUACCAUCAGGAGCUGCAGGCCUGCAACGUGUGUUUGCAGCCAUGUGCAAGGACCCUGUUGCCAUACCCAGGGUUCAGGUGCUUUCGAUCAAGAAAGACCUCGAUGUGCCCUCCUCCUCCUGAACUUGCGUGGGCGUUGCCAAGUCACGCCAUUGGUUACUAUGGUGACGACAUAACUUACAGCUGUCAGCCGGGGACGGUUCAGAACGGCACGGAUACAGGGAGGCGCACUUGCAACGAAACUGGACAAUGGUCGCUGGUUUCUGGUGAAAAAGACCCUACUUGUACAGCAAACAUCAUCAUUGGAGACUGGGUGCGCGUCAAGAUCACAGCAGUGAUGACACCACACAUGGAGUAUAAAACCUUGAUUCCUGGAGCCAUCGGUUAUGUAGGAUGGAACAUUACCAGUAUUCUACUCGUUUAUUAUCCUUGGAUAUCAUGCAGCGCCACGCCUAAUGAAAAGUAUGAAAUCCUGUCGAUGUCUCAUCACGUAAGUCAUAGUGAAUCUGUUACUUGCCCCAAAAAGUCAUUUUUCUACCUACAGCUCGGUUAA